AUGUCUUCCGGUCGCCUCGAUGCGGAGCGCAGCGGGAGCCCUGUGCCUGCUCGCGAGCUCGCGUUCGUGUUGCACAAGAGCAAGCGCAACGUAGAGAGGCUGGAGCGUUUGGAGCAACUACUACUCCAAGACCCCUUGUUCAACCACGAAAAGAUGAACUACCUUACACGUGGGGAACAGUACAAGCGUGCUCUGCAGAUGUCGGCUCGCGUGGAAAUCCUGGCACGUCGCAACCGAUUGAGUGAGGAGGACACGGAGCAACUGCGUCUCAUAUUCCAAGGCACCACGAGCUGCGCGGCGGCAACGACUCUGCACACGCUCAUGUUCAUCAAGAAUCUGGGGCUGCUCUUUACUGAUGAGCAGCAGACGCGCUGGAUGGAGAUGGCCCAGCAGUGGCGCAUGGUCGGAUGCUACGCUCAGACGGAGCUUGGCCACGGCUCCAACGUGCGUGGGCUUGAAACGACGGCCACGUAUAUCCCUGAUACCGACGAGUUCGAGAUCCACUCACCCACCUUGACGUCUAUGAAGUGGUGGCCCGGUGCGUUGGCCCGUACCGCCAACUUUGGAGUGGUGUAUGCACGACUGCUGCUAGGUGGCAAGGACUACGGCGUGCACAACUUCAUGGUGCAGCUACGUGACCUGGAGACGCACGACGCGAUACCUGGUGUGACUUUGGGCGACGUUGGUCCGAAGAUCGGAUUUAACAGCGUGGACAAUGGAUAUUGCAAGUUUAACCGCGUUCGGAUCCCACGUCUGAAUAUGGGCAUGCGGUUCGCGACGGUAACCGAGGAGGGCAAGUACGCGAAGAACUCGGAUGUACCUCAGGAGGUGUUGUACUUCACGAUGCUACAGACACGUAUGGUUUUCAUCCGAUCUGCGGGUAUCAAUCUGGCGAAGGCGUGUACUAUCACAAUCCGCUACUCGGCUGUUCGCCAGCAAGGUUACGAUGCCAAUAACCCCAAGACGAAGGAGGAAUUGAGUGUGUUGGACUACCAGACGCAGCAGUACCGACUGUUCCCGCUCCUCGCAGCCGCGCAUGCGGUGGCCAUGGCUAUCUGCUUUCAAGUGAUUUUGCUGGGAGACGCUGCACAGACGGUCACCACCGAAGGUGACAACCUUGUGCUUUCCAUUCAGACUACUCGCGCUCUGCUGAAGAUUUUAGCUUCGUACCAGGAAACCGGAAAGGUGCCAGAACCUAUGACAUUCUUGGCAAACAUCGACAAGUUGCCGAAUGCAGCCCCUCGCACCCAGAAGCAAUGGCUUGACCCGCAGACCUACGUAGAAGCGUUUGAGCAGCGGUUCCUGUACCAGCUUCGUACCUUCGUACAGAAGAUUUCAACUGCAUCGUCUGUCACUGCUGGUUUGCAGAACAACUCGAUGGACACGCUGAAGCUGACCAACUCAUAUGCCAAUUUGGUGAUCGUCAAGACUUUUGCUGAAGCUGUCGAGACUCCGUCGACACUCACUUCGGAGUAUCUGUCGUCUCCGGCUAUUCUGAAUGUUGUGCGUCUAUUGUGCCACUUGUUCGCACUCACGCAACUUGAAGCCACCGCCGGAGAGUUCAUGGAGAGCGGAUGUGUAUUCCCUAGUGAUAUGGCGAUCAUCCGAGCCAACAUCGAGGAGCUACUCAAGCUUAUCCGUCCGCACGCUGUGACGCUAGUAGACGGCUUCAAUUUCUCCGACCACAUGCUGAACUCGACUCUGGGUCGAUACGAUGGGAACGUGUACGAGGCUUUGUACGAGUCAGCACAGCACGAUCCUCUCAACCACUCGUCGGACAAGGUGGCCUUGCACGAGUUGCUACGUCCCAUCCGUGACGAGAUCUCAAAGUCGAGACUGUAG